ACCUCAUACCUUACUGAACAACACUCUGGAAUAAUUUGUCUUGCGACGUCAGUGUACGUACGGACAAACUUCCUCCGAAAACAAUCGAAACAGCUCUUUCAAGCUUUAACAACAACGAUCAGCUUCGUGUGUGUACUAUCUACUCGGAAAUAAAAAGAAUAAGAUGGCUAUGUCGAGACCCAGACAGAACUUCCAUCAGCUGAGCGAGGCUGGACUCAACAAACAAAUCAACAUGGAGCUGUAUGCCAGCUAUGUCUACAUGUCUAUGGCGUACUACUUCGAUCGUGACGACGUAGCGUUAAAGGGCUUCAGUGGUUUCUUCAAGAGCUCCUCUGACGAGGAACGCGAGCACGCGGAGAAACUGAUGAAAUACCAGAACAAGCGAGGUGGCCGUGUCGUCCUCAAACCCAUCGACAAGCCCAGCAAGGACGAGUGGGGGAGUGGACUGGACGCCAUGAAGGACGCCCUACAGCUGGAGAAGGACGUGAACCAGUCCCUCCUUGACCUUCACAAGAUCGCCUCCGAUAACGGCGAUGCCCAGAUGACGGACUACCUGGAGGGCGAGUUCCUGGAGGAGCAGGUCAACGCCAUCAAGGAGAUCAGCGACCGCCUGACCAACCUGGAGCGGGUCGGCCCCGGUCUUGGCGAGUGGCAUUACGACCAGAAGCUUUCCUCUUAGAGCGCCUGGGACGCCACUUCCGGUGCGCCAUGAUCACGGUCGUCGGAAUACACAGACCUACGAUAGACUUUUGCUACAUGUGUAUAAUUAUGCACCUGUGUUGAUUUUUGCUUUUUAAAUUAAGAUAUGCUUUGAAGACUAUCCAAUUUUGAGCAUUUUUUUCUGGAUAUUUUGAACAAUGGGUCUGUAAAAUAUGUGAAAAAUACAAAAAAAAAUGUAAAAAUGUA